AUGCCGGACAAAGAUAACUGGGUCUCUGUUCAAGAGAAAACAUUUCUCAGAUGGGUCAACAUGAAGCUCGAGCAAGGGCGGUAUCCCUCAAUUGAAAAACUGAGCGACUUGGCCUCAGGUAUUGCUCUAUGUAACCUCCUCAAUAUACUUACCCAUACAAAAUUGACACCUAUUUAUGAGAAGCCAACGACCAAAUUCCAGUGUAUAGAGAACUUGGAUCGUUUGUUGGAAUUCAUUAAGAAUCACGAGAACUUGCAAGUCUAUAAUAUCGGCGCUGAAGACAUAGUUGAUGGUAAUCUCAAGCUUACCUUAGGAUUACUAUGGACUAUAAUCUUUCGGUAUUCGAUGGCUUUCGAAGAAAAGGAAGGUGAAGAUGACAAGGAAUAUAUUGCCGGACAUCUCAGCAAGAAAGAUAUCUUACUUAGAUGGACUCAAUUGGUGACCAAGGACCUUAAAGACGUAGAAAUCAAAAACUUUACCACUUCCUGGAGAAAUGGCUUAGCCUUGGCAGCUAUUCUCAGUCAUUUUGAGCCCCAAUUGAUGAAUUAUGAUGACUUUAUAGCUGAAAACGCCGAUAAUCCUCGUCAAAUCGUCGAAUUGGUCAUGACGAAUGCUGAAAAAGCGCUUGGAAUCCACCGGUUGAUUGAUGCCGAUGAUCUAGUGUGUGAGAAACCUGACGAAAAAUGUAUCAUUGCCUACAUAAGUAUCUGGUACGAUAAAUUGCAUCUUCGAGAGAUCAUGGAAUUCCAGAAGGAGAACAUGGAACGCUUAAAGAAGAAAAGAAGCGAGCAGAGCUUGAAGAAAGCCCUUGAACAGGCUGACAGGAGGCAAGUCGGAUCUCGUAAGCAGUUACGUGCUCGAAUGGAGACGUUUUUUGCCGUUGUGGGAAAUAUCGUGAACAUGAAGAACAAAUUCCUUCUCGAAAUGGAGAGCUUGAUUAUUAAAAUGGCUAACUGGAUGGCCCAACUCAGUUUCAGCGAGGACGAGUUUCAUAAUGUAGAAGAUGUGCUUAGAUUUAGAAAGGGGUUACAGCAGUAUAGAACCGUUGGAAAGAUGGAGAUUUUCAAAGAAUUGAAUCAUUUGAGAUCCGAGAAGGUGAAAUUAAAUAUGUGUCUCAGAGACUACAACUUUGACAGCUUUCGGGAGCCUCAGCAGAAGAGUCUAGACAAGGCACAGCGUCUCUUGAAGCAACUUAAGGUGUUUGAAGCGGAGGCUCAACAGUACGUUAAAGACUAUUUGGACAAGAAAGUGGACGAGAUGACCAACAACUUUCACAAGAGCUCCUCCAGCAUUCAACUUGGGUUGAAUCUUAUAGAAGGCGAGCUUGCCGAGCAGCAUAUGGACACCAAGAAGCAGCUUAAUAUUCUUACGGAAGUGAUGGAGGAUUUAAAGAGUUUGGAGAUGAUGAUACAGAGAUUGGAUGGAAUUCUCAAGGAGAUUGACUCCCUCUAUUUGCGCCUGAAUGCAACUUAUGACCACAAUAGUGAAGAUGCUAAAGUGGGUAGAUUUAGAGCAAAGAUUGAUUAUCUUCAAAAAUUGGUGCUGGACAGGCUUCAGUUUAUCGAUAAAGAGUUCCAGAACAAGGAUAGAGUGUUCAAAAUAUUGAAGGGAAGUGAAGAAUUGAAGGAAAGGGAGGAGGUAGGAAAAGUUGAUUUGUCUUCCCAUCUACCUGUUGACCUAGAGAACAAUAACUCGGAGUUGGAUUUGGAGAAAUACGUCUUUGACAGAUUCGACGAGGGAAACAAGGAUUAUUUAAACAAAUCCGAGUUCAAAGAGGCAUUUGGGUACCUCUAUCCACGACUUUCCGAUCAACAAUUGGAAGACCUAUUUGAAAUCAUCUACAAUUCUAGCAACCUAAUUCUUCGUGGGGUGAGAUUUGAGGAUUUCGCACGACUUUUGAAGAGCACUCCCGAAGACGAAGACGAACACGAGGAGAAGGAGAGGAAGGGUCCGAUGGGUCCGAUAAGUUCCCAGUGCAUUACGAAGAUCAACAGAAAGAGAGAAAACAGCAAGAGUUUGAGUUCAAAAGACGAGGAGUUUGCCAAUAUGAAGGGGGAAUUAUAUCUGAAUACCUUUCGAGAGGCUUGUAAUAAUCGCGAUUUUAUCACAGUGGGAGACCUUGAGAAAAUCGAGGUGGAUAAGCGAUUGAUUAAGAGACUAGGAGAUGUUAUGGCUGAAUUAGAUUCCGACAAAGACCAGAACAAAAACAAAUCUUACGACUACGUUCAAUUCUUUUCCGACCCUGAAAGUUCCCUGAUAUAUCAGGAUAUCGGCAGUGAGAAAGGUGAGACGGAAGUGAAAGGACUUGAAAACAUACUCCAGGAUUUAGAGAAGGUGGACUUGGAGUGA